GAACGAUAACUUUAUCGACGAUUGCAGAGCAAAGACUUCAUAGAAGUUUUAAAAUACCACGACAAGACAUGGAGAAAAAGAGCGUCAGAGAAAAGGAGACGGAAGCGGAGAGAUCGCCUGCGGGGCCCAGCACCAUGGCAUCAGAAUGGGAAGACUCUGACAGAGCUCAUGACGUUAUUGCUAUAGCGGAGACUCGCCUGAAGCAUGGCGAAUUGGACGCAAUGAUUGAGGAGCGGGAAAAGAAGCUGGAGAGUUCAAAGGAGCUCGUAAAGGAGAAGCAGGAGGAAUUGAAACGACAGAAAGAAUUUCACAUAAGCUUGGAAAUGCUGCACAAGGUCAGAGAUGCUGAACAAGCAGCUGAGACAACAGAGAGGGAGAGGAAAGAGGAGCUUCAGAUGCAAGAGGAGGAGAAGAGACUGAAGGAGGAGUACGCCACACUGGUGAAGAGGAAAAAGGAGAUGUUGGAGGAGAUAGAAAGAAACUCAGUUUAUAAAAAAUUCAUGGAUCGGGUGCUCAAAAUGAGUCAGUUCGAGGAUGUGUCAGAGCUCGCCAACAAAUUAGACAGUCUCCUCAAAUUCAACAAGCAGCUGUCUCAGAAGGAUGCCGAAAUCGAUCAGCAGAUUGAGGAAAAAAGAAAAGAGAUAUCAACACUAACAGACCAGCAACACUUAGAGCGGCUUCAAGGGAACAACGAGUUAGCCCAGCUUCAGGCUGAGCUCGCCAGAGUGAUGGCAGAAAACGCAGCAUGGAGCAAGAAAUGGAACUCUAUCCAGGAAACAGCACAAAAGAAAACACUGCUGCUGGGAGAGAUCAAGAUGGCCGUGGCCAACCUUUUUGAACUGACCGGCGGUCAGAGAAACAGCGAUGAACCAGUGGACAUCAAUGACACAGAGAAACUGCUCGACCAGGUCCUCAUGUUCUUCAACGAACAAAAUGACCUCUGCAGACGAUGUCAAGAGGCCUCGCAAGAACCAAACGAUGCAAAUGGACAGAAACAAAGUAAAAAAGGCCAAAGUUCCCAAUUGAAAGGAAAAAAAGUAAACGUAAAAGGGGGCAAGGAGCUGAAGAAGCGGAUGACGUUUAAGAAUUAAAUUGUGAGACAGAAAGUGCUAUUUAUCACAAAUAGUCUCCAUAAAUAUCAAUUACAUGGCAACUGUAACUCUGUAUAAAUCAACUAUUAGGUGUUUGUAUUGCUUUUGGAAGUUUCUAGGGUGGUUCAGGACAGGUUUUCUCAUUUUUUGCCAUUUUGAACCCAUGAAGUGCCAACUUUUGUAAGAAAGACCUUUU